CGUUACUCGAAAUCUUAAGAUUGCUUAUCCUGCACUUAGCGUUACUCAAAAUCUUAAGAUUGCUUAUUCUGCACUUAGUGUUACUCAAAAUCUUAAGAUUGCUUAUUCUGCACUUAGCGUUAGUGUUAGGAUAUCAAUGAAAGUUGGUUAUACAUGA